CGGGACUGCGUCCAGCCCAUCCAGUACAAGCUGAAGGAUGAGAUCGGGAAGGGCUCCUACGGGGGGGUGAAGCUGGCCUACAACGAGGACNNNNCCCUCUUGCAGGCAAUGAAGGUUCUCUCCAAAAAGAAGCUGAUGAGGCAGGCAGGCUUUCCCCGCCGCCCGCCGCCCCGCGGGGCCAGAGCUGCCUCCGAGGGCUGCCUGCAGCCCAGAGGGCCCAUCGAACAGGUCUACCAGGAGAUCGCCAUCCUGAAGAAGCUGGACCACCCCAACGUGGUGAAGCUGGUGGAGGUCCUGGAUGAUCCCAGCGAGGACCACCUGUACAUGGUGUUUGAGCUGGUGAAGCAAGGCCCUGUGAUGGAAAUCCCAACCCUGAAACCUCUCAGUGAGGAGCAGGCUCGGUUCUACUUCCAGGAUCUGAUCAAGGGCAUCGAAUACUUGCACUAUCAAAAGAUAAUCCACCGGGACAUUAAACCUUCCAACCUCCUCGUGGGGGAAGACGGACACGUCAAGAUCGCCGACUUCGGAGUGAGCAACGAGUUCAAGGGAGCCGAUGCCCUCUUAACCAACACGGUGGGCACCCCUGCCUUCAUGGCCCCGGAGACGCUCUCGGAAACCAGGAAAAUCUUCUCCGGAAAGGCUUUGGAUGUCUGGGCCAUGGGCAUCACGCUGUACUGCUUCGUGUUUGGGCAGUGUCCUUUUAUGGAUGAAAGGAUCCUGAGUUUACACAAUAAAAUCAAGACCCAAACAUUAGAGUUCCCAGACCAGCCAGAAGUUACAGACUUCUUGAAAGAUUUGAUUACACGGAUGUUGGAUAAAAACCCCGAAUCUAGGAUUUCAGUCCCAGAAAUCAAGGAAAGUACUGUGCAACAGCCUUUCGCAGGAGAUUUCUGGUCCUUCGCCCCUGCGGGAGCCUGGAAGGGGCGAGAAGCUGAGAAAAUGGAGACUAAGUUGCACCCUUGGGUCACCAAGAACGGAGCAGAGCUGCUGCCCACAGAGGAUGAGAACUGCACUCUCGUCGAGGUGACAGAGGAGGAAGUGGAGAAUUCAGUCAAGCACAUCCCCAGCCUGGCCACUGUGAUCUUGGUUAAAACGAUGAUCCGGAAGCGAUCCUUUGGGAAUCCGUUUGAGGGGAGCAGAAGGGAGGAGCGGUCAUUGUCUGCCCCCGGGAACCUGCUGCCAAAACAAGGAAGUGAAGAUAAUCUGAAAUGCAACGACUUGCCCAACGUGGGAGAGGAGGAACUUCUUUCGUGA